UUCUCGAAAAGAACGAAGGUCUUCGUCGAGAGGGCUCCAUCAACGGCGCAACGAUGGAGGCCGUUCCACGGAUGCCGAUGGUUGGCUUUGAGCUGAAAAUUUCUCCCGAGCAGACGAGCUUCGUAGGUCUGAAGCAGUACAUUGCGGAGUACUACCACGAAGAUCCGGACUCGUACUCGAAGGAGUGCUAUCAGCUGGAGCAGUUGCGGGGAAAUGCAACCCGGCCGACGCGAGACAUCGAGGGCACUGCCACUAUACGGCGUUACUACUGCCAGCUGCACUCGAUCCAGAACCGCUUUCUGCUCGGAGGGCUAAGCGAAAGCCAACAGAUACUGUCCUUUCACUGGAAGGACAUGUACUCCGGGGCGACGGUGACGAAGGCGAAUCUAAAGUUCGAAAUGGCCGCCGUGCUGCACAACUUUGCCGCCCUCCACACGCAGCUCGGUGGAGCGGAAAGCCGCUCCGAUCCGGAAGGAAUGAAGAAGGCUUGUACGCAUUUCCAGUGUGCGGCCUGGGCAUACGGUCACGUGAAGGAUGGUUACGCUGCACUGCUGCAGGGCGAUCUUUCCUCCGAGCUGCUGGCCUUCAUGCAGGCGCUUUGUCUCGCCCAGGCUCAGGAAUGCAUCAUGGAGAAGAGUCUGUGCGACAACCGGAAGUCGGGCAUUAUCGCCAAAGUGACGGCUCAGAUCAUUAGCUACUACAACUCGGCUCUGGCAGCGCUCCUCACGCAAGCAGGUGACGGUGGGCGGGUGCAGGACAUUGUCGGCAGCAAGCUGUUCAAGGAGUGGCGCCGUUACGUGCGCUUUAAGAUAUCGUAUCUGUCCUGCAUCCUGCUGCUGUACCAGGGCCAGCAGUCCGAGGAGCAGCAAAAGAUGGGCGAAAGGGUCGCACUCUACCAGGCGUCGUUCGACAAGCUCGAGGAGGCACGCAAAGAGUCGAAGGGCAUGGGCUGCCAGGAGCAAGUGAACGAAGCUCUGCAGUUCACGAUGGACGUGGUCGAAGCGAAGCGGAAGGCUGCGAAAAACGAGAACGAAUUCAUCUACCACGAGGAGGUACCCGAACUGAGUGCGAUUUCCGCCGUGCAGGGUGCCAAUCUCGUUAAUGGGAUCGCAUUCAACGUAACCGAUCCGGAGGCGAUGGGCGAGGACAUCUUUCAUCGGCUCGUUCCGAUGAAGGCGCACGAAAGUAGCUCCCUGUACAGCGAGGAGAAGGCGACGCUGCUGCGUACGCUCGGUUCCCGGGUUGAAGACAAAAACACCGAACUGGAGACGUUUAUGAGUUCGCUAAACUUGGCCGCCAUCAAGCAGCUCGAGUUGGGCGAGGAUGGUAAACCGACAGCGGCAAACGAUUCGCGGCUCCCGCAAGGCCUGGUCGACCGCUGUGCUGAGCUGCAGGCGAAACCGAACGCCAUUCCGGAUCUGGUGCAGUCAAUGUCCGUCCUAGCGGACACGUGCUCCGAUGUGGAGCUUACUUUGAAGGAAAUAAAGAACCUGCUGCGACAGGACGAGGCGAAGGAGGAUCGGUAUCAGCAAAAGAUUGGCCAACGUUCGAACGGAGGGGCCCACAUCGUUGAGCUGGGCCGAGAAUUGGCCAAAUAUCAGGAAGCACACAAUAAGGCCGGCGAAAGCAACGACACCCUGCGCAAAGCGAUGGGAUUGCACGUGCAGAAUCUGAAGAUACUUUCGCAACCGCUACCCGACAUCCGAGCGCAAGUGCCAGUGUGUAGCGAACAGUUCGACGAGGUUGCGUUGUCCAAUCUGACACUUAUGCUGGGAAAGGUCGAGGAAAUGCGCCUUCAGCGCGACGAUCUGUAUAAAGACGUGCGCCACAACAUCACUGAAGAUGACAUCACAUCGCAACUGAUAGCCCUCGAUGGAGGUGGCAGCACGGAGCAGAAGACCAAAAUGGAGGAACUGUUCCGGCGGGAACUCUCGAAGCACGAUAAGCUCAUCGGCAUUCUGGAGCAAAACAUGAAAGCGCAACCAAACAUCUUGAAGGCAAUGACCGAGGCUUACGCGCGCUGUGCGCCGACUCUGAAGAGUCACUCGGACAACAAGACGCGUCGGGAUCAGUUCUUCUCUUCGCUCGUUGCGUCGUACGACGUGUACCAGGAUCUCCUGUCGAAGAGUGCGAAAGGGCUUGAGUUCUACCGGAAGCUGCAGAGCAACGUGCAGAAGCUUUACUCGCGCGUCAAAGCCGCCUGCGAUGUGCAGAACGAAGAGCGCAAUCAGAAACUAAAGUCGAGUAACAUUUCCAAGCGUUCGAACGAAGCUGUAAACGGAGCUGGUGGAGCGACGUACGCCUCGGGAUCAGCCGCCGGUACUCCGGGAGCCGGUAGUGGUGGUCCCAAACUGAAAGAUUAUCUAAAAGCAGGAACCAUAACGCUCGGAUCGAUUAAAGCUGCCGGAGUGGAUAAACAUUUGCCAUCGAUACGCCCGGCACCGGUCGGCUCGGAGAGCACGGGUGGCAGAGGAGCAAAUGUUAGUGGCGGAAAUGUCGGUCAGGCCGGAGGCUACUAUCAGGACUCGUAUAGCGCGGGCUAUGGCAAUUACCAUCAACAACAACAACAGUAUGGAGGAAGCAAUGUAUCUCCGGCCGUUGCCGCCUACGACUACGCUCAGUAUGCGGCGUCACAAAUUCAGCAGCAAACACCGCUGCCAUCCACCAGCACUGGGUAUGCCAAUCCUUUGUAUCAAAACACAAGCACCGCACCGUACUACUACAAUCAGCAAUCGCACCAACCAUCGCAACAGCAGCAGACAAGUCAGUUGCAAACCGUACCUACCGCGGCAACCUACGAUUAUGGGCAACAGCAGCAGUAUCGUCCAGCCCAGCAACCGUCACCGGCUCCUUCGACGGCAUCAUCAACGACCGACAUUAGCCAGGGACAGUCUUGGCCACAAUUAUCGCAGCAGUUCGGUGCAAUGAAUCUUCAGCAACCCACCGACGUAUCAUCUUAUUAUGCGACCACAGCAAACAAUGCUCCUACGGGAGGUUACGGUUCAACGGACACCCCAACCGAUCAGCAGACUUAUCCCAAUCUACAGUCGCAACUCAACGCCUAUACGGUGCCGCAGCAACAGUAUCAGACUCCGGCGAACAGCUAUGUACAAUAUUCGGUUUCUUCUAGUGAAUCGUUUGCCUCGACGCCGACGAUGCCGGAAGCGUAUGGAAAUUCCAGCCAAUCGCAGGUUAAUCACUACCAACAGCCGGUAACAUCCCAGUAUUACCAGCAACCACAACAACAAGGGCACUAUCAGUGUGAGCAAACAUCAUCAUACGGUUCGCAUCCGGGUUAUUCCUACAACUCACAAACUGGGGCGUAUGAGUAUACCAGUGGUUUUCAGUAUGAUUCAUCGUUUGUAUCCGCGUCGUACCAGAACCAGUAUGCUCCGAGCACCCAAACGGCUGCAGGAACCUCAAUGGCUGUCACUACGCCCAGUCAAUCGAUAACAUCCGUAGAUUCGUUCUCGCAGCCGUAUCAAAUCUCCGCCAGUCCAGCCAUUGCUGGGCAGUCUUCAGGCGCCCAGGGUGGUUACAAUGCCCCUCAGCAACAACCUCAACAACCUGAUUCAUCGUACUAUUCGACGGGAGCGAUGGCGUCGAACGCGGCCGGAUAUUAUCACCAAUCGUCGACGUAUUCCACAAUCCAAUCGAAUCAGUAUUCGCAACAGCUGGAUUCGAUGACGCCAGUCUCCAUUCCGUCGGUUGAUCCUGCCAACGUGGCCCACUAUUCGCAUCACACAAACUCGUACGUUGACAGUAGUGGGUCACAGCAGGUGCAGCAGCAACAACAGCCGAAUGUCACGACAACGACUCCGUCAUCUCAGCAGCAGCAGCAGCCUGCUCAAUCUGUACCACCGGCGCCGAAGCCUUCGAAGAGUGCCAACAUUGACCUAUUGUCCGGAAUUGAUUUUUCUCCGGCCGACGUACCACCGCUUUCCGUGCCCGUACUGCAACCGCAAUCCUCCGUCACACCGUCCGUCAGUGGCAGUGCGAUCGAUGAGAGUGAGAUUGCUAGCGAGAUUCUGACACCAUCGAAGGUACCGGAGAAGAUGACGCCCGUUCCGCUAGCAGUCAGCCAACCAUCCACCGGUGCACAACCACCACCGGCUCCAGCAACACCGAAUUCUGCCUCGAUCAGUCUCGAUCGGAAGCCAAGCUUCGACAAUCUUUCACUCUGCUCCGAUCUGAGCUCGAGCUUCGACUGGGAAAGUGCCUCGGUGUGUGGUGCGACGGCCACUGCCUCGGGAGCGACGACCGGUGUUAGUGGCGCCGUGAUGGAUAAUGUCUUUUUGCGUCCCGCAAAACCGGACCCAUUCGACGAUGCCAGCACGGUCAAGUGGUUCCACAAGGAGGUCGAACGAUUGGAGAAGUUUGUCGAAACGAUUAACGUGAAAACGCUGAACGGUACGACUCCACUCGAUAGCAAGUGGAAGGAGCUGCAAGAUUUGCUGGUCAAAGAAGAAUCGAAGCGCCAGGUUGGUGUUGCUCGACUGUUCCCGGAAAAGAAUCGAUCGAUCGAUUGCGUUCCGUAUGAUCACGCACGGGUGCAACUGUCGACCGAUACGGACAACUACAUUAACGCUGUUUACGUGAAGUUCAAGAAGGACCCAAAGCUGGAUCUUGGUUUCGGUUGUCCCAAUUUUGUACUGGCCCAAACACCGCUGCCAAACACGGUGAACGAUUUCUGGAACAUGAUUUGGUCCCAAAAAGCCAACGUGAUUGUGUGCCUUCACACGGCCAACGAGCUUCUCGAUCCAUUUUGGCCAACGGAAGCGAGCAAAGAGCUUAGCUACGGUGACGUAUCUGUAACGUUGGUAAAACAGUUUGAUCUGACACACUGCACCGAGCGCACGUUAUGCAUUCAAAUGCUCGGUGCCGACCAUUCGCUCACCGUCGCACUUCUGCAACCGAAGUUGUGGCCGAAACAUAGCACCGAACACAUUCUGGGUGUGGCGCAGAAUCUGAUCGAUGCGUACCGGCAGUAUAAUGCACAGGUGGAUCAGAAGCUAACGCAGCUACGGCCUCUAGUGUUGAACUGCCUGAAUGGCUCCGAUCGCUCCAGUCUGGUCACGGUGGCCAUCGGAACCAUUCUCGCUACGCAGACACGAAAACCACUGUUGAUAAAUGUGAUCGAUAUUUGGUACCGGAUCUGCUGCCAGCGAAAGGGUGCUUUGCGUGACCCGAACUACAUACAACUUUCUUAUCAAAUCGUAUUGAGCCACGGGCACUGCAUUUUAAACAAACGUGGUAUCCUCACGUCCUAUCAGAUGAAAUCGGCGCAAGCAGCAAGCAGCACCGUGAAGGAGGAAGCGAAUAAUGAUCCCUUCAAAGAUCUUGAUCCACUGUGGAAAUUGAAAUGACGGCCUUCGCCAGCGAUCGACGCGCAGUGAUGGGUCUAAACCGGAACACGGAAUUUGAUGGACACGCUCACGAUCAAUCACGGCACGGGUGGCGCAUCGCACUGCAACACAAGCCAAAUUAUUGUUAAACUUUAUGUUUACUGGAAAAUUUUAUCGUACCGUUUUAGUGUAAUGUUUCGUGUUGCGUUUCAUUGUGUUCUGCGUUGCACGUGUUAGGCCCGGGAAGUGCUGUAUCGGACACGAUCCAUCUAGUUCCCAUUCCCGUUUACUUUGCAGCUGCCGAUUCCAUUUUAUUUGAAAAAGACUAGGGGAUGUGUUCCAAUAUUUAAACUAUUGCAAAAACAUACAUAUUUAUUUUUAUCGCUAAUAUACGGAAUGUGGGAGAUAGUGAAAGAAUGAUAUAUAAUCUUCAAUCCUUCUAGGAGUCAAGCAGAAGCGGCUUCGACCAAAAAUAUAAACGUUUAUUUCGAUAGCUACGAUAUGCUCGUGAUCGCCGAUGUGUACGGCGUAUUUUCCAACAAAAUAAAAUAUACUUGUUUCCGGCACA